AUGAUAAGGACGAAGCUUCUUCACGAAUGCAACAAGUGGACGUAUGUGGACAGGGUUAGGCUAGUGUAUUUGUGUGUCAUACAUGGAUUCCUCAUAGCUAAGGAUUCAAGAGUGUUCAUCCCUCAUGAAUACAUCCGUUUGGUGAUGGAUUUUGAGAAGAUGAGGAUGUAUCCGUGGGGUCUUCACGCGUAUGACGAGCUGCUUGCAUCAAUACUCAAAGCAUGGAGAGAUUUGCAUCUGAAGAACAGUUACGUGUUGGAUGGAUUCUCCUAUGCGUUUCAGAUAUGGGUUAUGGAGGCAAUCCCAUACAUUGGUAGUUUGGGAGAGCUGUUCCCAUUUAUAUCUGCUACUGGGAACAAUGAUGUGGUUGUUAGCACUGAGUUCUAUAGGGAAGAUGAGAAGAAAGAUGAACGAGUUGGUCGUAUUGUUACUCUUCUCAAUGCCAAACAGGAUUGGACGGAAUUCGUAUGGGAAGUCGAGGCUUUGCCUCCAACUUUGGAGCUUUCUGAUUCAGAAAAGGAUGGAGAGAAUGUUGAAGUCGAAGAUGUCACAGAUACACAUGUAGAGGAACCGGUUGUUGUUGCAAGAAGGGGCAAGCGUAAGCUAAAUGAUCCUGGUGCGGAGGCUCGAAAGAAAGAAUUGCUUUGUCAACGGGCGGCUGAACAUAACAGUGGUAUCUCCAGUGGAAUGAAGACUUUCAUUAAAGGUUUGUUCACCUCUGCUUUCAACUCUUUCAAGGAGGUGGUGCAGAAUGACAUCCAAGAGCGUUUUGAGAAUGUCCAGAAAGAGAUGGCUGAGCUCAAGCAAGCGGUGUCACAGAUUCCGGGUCACUACAAGAAAACACAUGCUUAA